AACAGACCGGUCAUUCUGACAUACCAUGACACUGGCCUCAAUCAUAAACCCUGUUUCAGUGCAUUCUUUAACUUUGAGGAUAUGCAGGAGAUCACCCAGCAUUUUGCUGUCUGUCAUGUGGAUGCUCCAGGCCAGCAGGAAAGUGCACCCCCUUUCCCAACUGGGUAUCAGUACCCCACAAUGGAUGAGCUGGCUGAGAUGCUGCCUUCUGUUCUCACCCACUUAUAUCUGAAAAGCAUCAUUGGGGUUGGAGUUGGAGCUGGAGCUUCCAUCCUCAGCAGAUUUGCACUCAAUCACCCGGAGCUUGUGGAAGGUCUUGUGUUCAUUAACGUUGACCCUUGCGCCAAAGGCUAGAUAGACUGGGCAGCUUCCAAACUCUCAGGCUUGAUGACCAAUGUUGUGGACAUUAUUUUGGCUCAUCACUUUGGGCAGGAAGAAUUGCAGGCCAACCUGGAUCUGAUUCAAACCUACAGACUGCGUGUUGCCCAAGGUAUCAACCAAGAAAAUCUACAGCUCUUCCUGGGUUCCUAUAACGGACCCACAGACCUGGAGAUUGAAAGACCCAUUUUGGGACAAAGUGAAAACAAAUCAAAGACACUGAGGUGUUCCACUGUACUGGUGGUGGGUGACAGCUCACCUGCGGUCGAGGCUGUGGUUGAAUGCAAUUCUCGCCUGAAUCCUGUACAUACAACUUUGCUGAAGACGGCAGACUGUGGGGGCCUGACCCAGGAGUUCAGCCUGGAGAACUCACCGAGGCCUUCAGGUACUUUCUUGCAGGGAAUGGGCUGCAUCCCGUCUGCCGGCAUGACCUGGCUCGCCCGCUCAUGGACCCUCUCCACCUCGGGCAGCAUGGGCUCUGGAGAAAGUGCCUUCAGCCGGUCGGACACCAGCAGUCAGUCAGACGGGACUCAGGAGUCCUCUGAGUCCCCUGAUGUUCCAGACAGACACCAGACCAUGGAGGUGUCCUGCUGAGCAGAUGCUCCUGCCCUGGACCAUGCAAGUCCAUCCUCCUUCCAACAACAUGCCAUAAUUAUAUAACACUUCAUCCAGCAAGCUGACAUCAUCUUUAACUCCUGCCU